CGGCAGCAGCAGGCGAGGAGGAAGAUGGUGGGACGGCUGCUGGCCUGUGUGGUGGACUGUGGCACGGGGUACACAAAACUAGGAUAUGCUGGAAAUACAGAACCACAGUUUAUCAUCCCUUCCUGUAUUGCUAUUAAGGAGUCAGCAAAAGUGGGUGAUCAAGCUCAAAGGAGGGUGAUGAAAGGUGUUGAUGACCUAGACUUCUUCAUUGGUGAUGAAGCAAUAGAAAAACCUACAUAUGCAACAAAGUGGCCAAUUUGCCAUGGUAUAGUUGAAGAUUGGGAUUUCAUGGAAAGGUUUAUGGAACAAGUGAUCUUUAAAUAUGUAAGGGCAGAACCUGAAGACCAUUAUUUUCUUUUGACUGAACCUCCACUGAAUACUCCAGAAAACAGGGAAUAUACUGCUGAAAUAACGCUUGAGUCUUUCAACGUUCCAGGCUUGUACAUUGUUGUACAGGCUGUUCUUGCCUUAGCGGCAUCCUGGACCUCAAGACAAGUAGGAGAACGGACAUUGACUGGUACGGUAAUAGAUAGUGGAGAUGGUGUCACUCAUGUCAUUCCUGUGGCUGAAGGGUAUGUGAUUGGCAGCUGUAUUAAACACAUUCCAAUCGCAGGACGAGAUAUAACAUACUUUAUUCAGCAACUGCUGAGAGACCGAGAAGUAGCAAUCCCUCCAGAACAAUCCCUGGAAACUGCUAAGGCAGUAAAGGAGCGCUAUAGCUAUGUCUGCCCAGAUUUAGUAAAGGAAUUUAACAAGUAUGACACAGAUGGGUCAAAGUGGAUUAAGCAGUAUACUGGAAUCAAUGCUAUCUCUAAGAAAGAAUUUUCCAUUGAUGUUGGUUAUGAGAGAUUCCUAGGACCUGAAAUCUUUUUCCAUCCAGAGUUUGCUAAUCCAGACUUUACGCAGCCUAUCUCAGAAGUUGUAGAUGAAGUAAUUCAGAAUUGUCCUAUUGAUGUUAGACGUCCUCUCUACAAGAAUAUUGUCCUCUCUGGAGGUUCAACCAUGUUCAGGGACUUUGGACGUCGUUUCCAAAGAGAUUUGAAAAGAACUGUAGAUGCCAGGCUGAAGUUGAGUGAAGAAUUGAAUGGCGGUAGAUUGAAGCCAAAACCUAUUGAUGUACAAGUCAUUACACACCACAUGCAACGAUAUGCAGUUUGGUUUGGAGGAUCGAUGCUGGCUUCCACACCUGAGUUCUACCAAGUAUGCCAUACCAAAAAGGAUUAUGAAGAAAUUGGACCUAGCAUUUGUUGUCACAAUCCAGUGUUUGGAGUCAUGUCGUAAAAUUGACUUCAUAGUUCUUGGGGUUAGGGAGGUGGAGAAGAGAUAAUUUUUCUGAUUACCUGUUUUGUCUGGAUGGCUGAUUUUGAGGUUUUAAACCUGACUUGAAAUAGUUAAGACCAAACAUGAUUAAACAGGAAUAUUUUAGUAAGUGUAUCAACAUACAC